GAGCACGUCGACAUUGUGCCGACGGUUCUGAUCGCGAGAAAAGAACCGACACUGAUGACGACACCGGCGCGCUGAGCGCCGCCGGGGGUGGAACUACGGCGUUUGGUCCGGUAAUGAGCUCCAGGAACCGUGUGUACAGGCAGGUCAAGACCAAAACAAGACCACCGUCAGGAACUUGGAGCUGCUUCCGCCUCUGAGUCCGCGACACUGAUUGACUCCUCCUACUCGGUCUCCGCCUCGUCCCCUGGUUUCUUGCUCGAGGACGGUGAUGACUUCACUACUUGUUGCCCAGCAACAUCCCUCAUCAUCCAAGAGCCGCCCAAAGAGCCGUGAACUCGUGGAGAUGCCGGUGGGCAGUUUGGGUUUGGGUUGAUGAUGACCAUGAUGGAGAGGAUGAUGGAGAUGGAGCGGCGUUGAAGCCCUUUAAGACGCGAUGAAACCAGUUUCGAUGACAAAGUGGCGCAGGUGACGUGAGUCAGCCGGAGUUCUUGAUCCUCAGGGAGCGACUUCGAUCAGCAGAGGAGGAGAAUUUGCGACGCUCCAAAGAACUCAACUUGGUUCUGGACGAGAUCAAGAAAGCUGUUGCAGAGAGGCAGGCUCUGAGGGAUCUGAAUCGGACGUGGGCGAGUCUCUCUGAAGACACCAGGCUCAGGUUGUGGGACACCAGUAGUAAGAAUGUCCUCCAACUCCCAUCCAUCUUUCAUCAUCUUCCCCACCUGAUGAACCAGGUGGACAGUCUCCAGCCAGCCGUACACCUGGGUCUGAGACGGAGUGGAGUCUCCAUUGUGAUGGGCGUGCCCAGUGUCAAGCGGAAGGUCCACUCCUACUUGACCGACACUCUGAUGUCCCUGAUGUCACAACUUAGCAUCGCAGAGAAGGACGACUGCAUCAUCCUUGUUCUCAUCGCUGAGGUGGACCAGCACUACACCAACGCAGUAGCUGAGCAACUUAAGCGACUGUUCCCGGCAGAAAUCGCUUCUGGUCUCCUGGAAGUCGUAUCACCUUCUGUCCACUUCUAUCCAGACUUCUCAGGACUCAAAGAAUCUUUUGGUGAUUCGAAGGAGCGAGUGAGAUGGAGAACCAAGCAAAACUUGGACUUUUGCUUUCUAAUGAUGUUUGCACAAUCCAGAGGAACCUUCUACGUGCAGCUGGAGGAUGAUAUUGUUGCUCGCCCCAACUAUCUCUCCACCAUGAAGAAUUUUGCUCUUCAGCAACCAACGGAUGACUGGAUGAUUCUGGAAUUUUCUCAGCUUGGAUUUAUAGGGAAGAUGUUCAAGUCUGCAGACCUGUCUCUGGUGGUCCACUUCGUCCUGAUGUUCUUCAGAGAAAAACCUGUUGACUGGCUGCUGGACCACCUGAUGUGGGUUAAAGUCUGCAACCCUGAGAAGGAUGCGAAACACUGCGACCGUCAAAAGUCCAACCUGAGGAUUCGGUUCAAACCUUCCUUGUUUCAACAUGUUGGGACACACUCCUCUUUGGCGGGAAAGCUUCAGAGACUGCAGGACAAAGACUUUGGAAGGCGAACCCUUCGGGCAGGUCACUCCAAUCCUCCGGCUGAACUGACCACAAGUCUGAAAACAUACCAACACUUUACCCUGGACAAGGCCUACCUGGGCCAGGACUUUUUCUGGGCCUUUACCCCAGAGGCUGGGGACUUCAUCAGAAUCCGAUUCUUCACUCCUGUCCGCGUCCAGAGGUUUUUCUUUCGGAGUGGAAACACAGAACAUCCGAGGGACACAUUGUCCAACACGUCGGUGGAGGUUCUUCCCUUCGAUAAUGUUCCUUCAGACAAAGAGUCUCUCACUGAUGCCAGUGACCGAGUGCAGUUCAAGAGGACAGAGGAUGGCUUCUACCGAGUGGGAUGGUUUCAAAAUGGGAUUGCGGAGGCAGCGCUGGACCCAGCUUUCGGGCCUCUAGAGGCCUUGAGACUCACCAUCGUGGCAGACUCGCCUGUCUGGGUGGUCCUCAGCGAGAUCUUCAUUAAGAAGGCAGACUGAAAGAAUGCGGCCUUACACCUUGAAGGAUCUGAGCUCACCAUUUGUGGACCCUGCUCACGAGUAUGGUGCCUCUUCAGGCUGCACACUGCCACUGCAGGACCCACUGGCGUAGGACUUCCUGUCAAUGAACCUGUGUCACACGAUUUCACUGAGUGUUGGAGUGUUGAAGACGACAGUAAUGAAUAUAAUGGUGAUGAAAAGUUGCUAACUGUUGUAUUCCUGUUCCUGCAGCGAGUUUCAGCUCAACUAUAUAAUCCAGACUUAUUUAGCAUUGCUAAAUCUAGCAAGGUUAAAACAAUCGAGGCAAGUACGAACAAGCCAAAGAUCCUCCAAACUGGAUGCAGCGAGGCCAGACUUGAGUGCAAGUGUGGUGAUGUGAAUGUCAGUAAUUCUCAGGUCUACUGCGGCGAGCGUGCUCGCCCUUACUGUAUGUAGCUUCAUAA